AUGUUGAACUCUCCUCUUCUGAGUUGCCCUGGUGAUGGCUUCAAGAAUCACAGAGCGAACCUCGUCACACCAAUUUUCCUUGGACACGGUUCAAAUGAUUUUCUAGUACCGUUAACAUUUGGUCAACUCACGGAAAGGAUGAUUAAGACGUUCAAUCCAAACGUGCAGUUACGUGUCUAUAAUGGAAUGGCGCACAGCAGUUGUGCAGAGGAGCUUCGUGACGUUAAAAACUUCAUUAAUGAGAGGGUGGCGGAUAGGGGGCUAACCGCGGACCAAAAGCGACCUUGUGCUUGCCCAGAGACGCAGGUGGAUUCAGGGGAUGGACUCCCUGCUUCUGCUGUGCCAGGACUGACUCGUAAAAUCAUUGUAUCCCGCACGUCGGUCCGGCCAAAAGCCUGCAAUCAAUUGACUGGGAGGUGCAAGGGAGGCGGUUUGGAGUCGCCUCCAACAAAUAAGCUCCACAUGUCCACUCUGGGAGAACGGAAGUUCUCCCAAAAACCCAUGGGACUAGAGGCUUGCAACCUGCCCGUGGGUUUUAAAUUUCAUGCAAAAAACAGUAAUAGAAAAGAGUCUCCUGACUCCGGUAGAAAGCCUGGUACGGUAGCGCCAGGUAGGACGGGGUUGCAGGAGUCAUGUAGGCUACCGAAACGGAAAAGGACUAGGAUGACGAUCUGUACUUAUAACGCACGCACGCUUGCAUCGGAAGCGGCCAUCGAAGAUCUGAUGGUGCAAGCCAAGAAGAUCAAGUACGACGUCAUCGGACUGACCGAGACGAGACGACGUCACUCUCUCAACGCUGUAUUUGAAACUGGAGAAGAACUGUUCUUAGGAACAUGCGACAGUAGAGGUGUUGGUGGAGUUGGCGUCCUCGUCAACACGAGUAUGGCACAGAACAUCGACUCUUUCGAACAACUCACGACCCGAAUCGGACGUCUGCGGAUGAGAAGAUGUGGUCCCACACCGGCUUUGACUAUCUUCGUCGCUUACGCUCCAACAUCAAGCUACGAAGAAGAAGAAGUCGAAGCUUUCUAUAUGGACCUGGAGAAGUUCUACCGAGAAGAUCAUGCCUUUUACAAGGUCAUAAUUGGCGACUUCAACGCCAAAGUUGUCCCAAGAAGAACGCCGGAGGAACUUCACAUCGGGACCCACGGCCUACAAUGGAAUGACCAGGGGGAGAGGCUUUCCGAGUUCAUCAUGACGACUAAGACCAUCCAUGGGAACUCGCAAUUCCAGAAGCCCUCCUCUCUACGCUGGACGUGGGAGUCACCCGGUGGAGGGUACCGUAAUGAGAUAGACCACAUCAUCGUCAAUAAAAGGUUCUGCCUGACGGAUGUCGCUGUUGUACCAAAGUUCUAUACGGGAUCGGACCAUCGCCUCCUCCGAGGAAGAUUUUCUUUCACGCGGAGAGCAGAGAAAGCCGCCAAGUUCAGCAAGAGAAAUCCCAGAACUACCAUCGACUGGGAUCUCUUCGCUACGUUAGCCGGCUUUUGGGAAGAUUCCGCAAUGGACAACAUCGACGAGGAAUACGACCGGCUUGUCAAACACCUUCAUGACUGCGCGAAGAAGGCUGAGAGUAUUAAAACAACCAAGAGACGCCUGUCUCUUGAAACUCUUGAGCUGAUACUCCAGCGUGGAGCAGCACGAGCCGCAGGGAACCAAGAGCUCACGUCCGAGCUCGCAAGGCUUUGCAGAGAGGCGAUAAAGAAAGACCUUAAAGAGAGAAGAGCAGAAGUGCUGGCUGAAGCAGCAGAGGCGGGAAAAAGCAUCCGCUAUGCCCGCCGAGACUUCGCCAGUCGCAAGACAAGGAUGACAGCUCUCCGGAACCCGAAGGGAACAACCAUUGCAUCGAGAAGGGGAAUGGAGAAAAUCAUCUACGACUUCUACUCUGAUCUCUUCGACAGCCGUGCCCACUUGCCUCCUCACCAUCUGAGGGAAGAUGGACAUGUCAUUCCAGCGGUUCUCCCGUCCGAAAUACGACAUGCUAUCAUGUCGGGGAGAAAUCGUACAGCAGCCGGUCCCGACAGAAUAAAACCAGAACACCUGAAGAACCUUCCGCCAGUACUCAUCAACACCCUGGCGAGGAUCUUCACACGUUACCUGUCGGAAUGCAAGGUCCCUAAACAGUGGAAGACCAGCAAGACCGUGUUGCUGUAUAAAAAGGGAGAUCCACAUGACAUCGGCAACUAUCGCCCAAUCUGCUUACUGUCCGUCAUCUACAAGCUCUUCACAAGAGUGAUCCUUAAUAGGAUUGAAAAGGUCUUGGAUGAAGGACAACCAUGCGAGCAAGCAGGGUUUCGAAAAGGAUUCAGCACGAUCGACCAUAUUCACACUGUUUCGAGACUCAUCGAGGUAUCACGAGAGUACAAGAUGCCGCUCUGUCUCACUUUCAUCGACUUGAAGAAGGCCUUUGACUCAGUUGAGACGGAAGCGGUCGUGGAAGCCUUGGACAACCAAGGCGUUCCCACUCAGUACAUAAAGGUGCUUCGAGAGUUGUACAGUAACUUCACGACCGGAAUCUCGCCAUUCUACAAGAAUAUCAUCAUUGACGUGAAGAGGGGGGUUCGACAGGGUGAUACAAUCUCACCCAAAAUAUUCACAGCCACCCUCGAGAACGCAAUGCGAAAGUUGGAAUGGGACGACAUGGGAGUGAAGAUCGAUGGUCGGCAGCUACACCAUUUGCGCUUUGCUGAUGACAUCGUACUGAUAACACCUAGCAUCAGCCAAGCGGAACGAAUGCUGACCGAAUUCGCCGAAACAUGUGGAUGCAUCGGUCUUGAGCUGAAUCUUCAAAAGACGAUGUUCAUGCGGAACGGAUGGAUCUCGGAUGCCCCAUUCACGCUCAACGGAACGAACAUAUCCGAAUGCACCAGCUACGUCUAUCUGGGUCGGGAAUUGAACAUGAUGAACGACCUGGCCCCCGAGCUGGGCAGGAGGAGAAGAGCGGCUUGGGGAGCGUACAAGAGCAUCGAGGACGUAGUGAAGAAGACCAAGAACAUCCGGCUCCGUGCUCACCUCUUCAACACCACCGUACUUCCUGCUUUGACCUAUGCCUCAGAAACCUGGGCACUUCGCAAGCAGGAAGAAAACGCGGUGAGCGUCAUUGAACGCGCAAUUGAGAGAGUGAUGCUAGGAGUAUCCCGUUUCAAGCAAGUGAGAGACGGGAUUCGAAGUUCUCUCCUACGUCAGCGAUCGAAGAUCAGAGACGCCGCCGCGUUUGCCAAGGAAAGUAAAAUAAGGUGGGCCGGACACGUGAUGCGCUUUAACGACAACCGUUGCACCAGAGCCGUGAGCGACUGGAUUCCCCGCGAUAUUAAGCGCAAUACAGGAAGACCGCCGACCCGAUGGUCAGAUUUCUUCACGAAGUCCUUCAAAGAAAAUUACGAUGCUCUUCGUGUCCCACGCGAAAGGAGGAACCACUGGGCUACUCUGGCACGCGACCGGGACAAAUGGAAGAAUUACUGGCGCCCGCUCGACCGGUUCGAAGACCAACGGGAGUCAAGGUGA